GUUUUGUGUCGACUUUUUGCUAGAAAACGAAGACACAUUCAAUUUUUUAUAAAGAUUCUAGAUCUAGCUUCUAAUCUAGAUCUAGAUGUAGAUUUCUAGAUCUAGAUCUAGAUCUGGUUUCUUGUGAAAAAACCAUAAUCUACUAUGAAUAGUAACGGCAACAUUCCAGCUGCUCGUGGCAGAAUAGCACGAAUAAGAUGUUUACAAGACUGCAUCACUAGCCUGCGGCAGAGAAAACCAUUCCCUGACCACCUGUGCUACGUGCCGUCAGAAUUAGAGUACACAACAUCCUGCAAGACAACGUGGAAACUUCUGUCAGCGCCUGCCAAAAGUGCUCCGGUCAUGCACGAGAUGUCAGCCACACCAUCCAGUCGUUUGAUUGUCAGUGGAGAAGAUCUGUGUAACGCUGACGGUAAAUGGUUGCGCGUCUUGAAGACUAGAACUUGUUCCAGUGAUGAAUAUGAACCAGUUCCGGGGGAAAGUUUGUGGCUGCUUCUGUUCUCCAGCCGUAGUUCCACCGAAGAAACUCCAUCUGCUGUGCCAGUGCAAGAUUAUGUUGCUGGACAAAACAAAAACAGAAAUAAUUUAAUGAAACAAAUUCCAAAAAUUAAAAGUUGGGAGGGAGUGAUAGAGGAAGUCUAUUCUCCAGUUUUAAAAAAGCACAGAGGUCAGAUAGUAGCACCAGAUGAGGAGGCAGUGGAGAGGUUGAAGUUCCUGGACAAAAAAUGGACGCUGGAUCACGAUGCAGCCCUUGUGCAACUCAUGUCUCAGAACAUCCCCAGGGAAACAGACAACCUCGGCUGUCUGCGCGGCUUUGUUGAAGCCAUCGGUGUCUCUUCUUAUGCUUCUGUGGAUGGAGAGAGCUCUAACCUGACUGAUGACAACCCCAACACGUACUGGGAGACAGACGGCUCCCAGGGCCAGCACUGGAUACGUCUGACCAUGAAGAAAGGAACAAUCAUCAAGUACCUGGCUCUAGUGGUGAACCUGGCUGAUGACAAUUAUCUACCAGAGACCAUCUCAGUUGUGGCAGGAGAGGCGGAUGACAUCAAAGUCUUGAAUAACAUCAACAUCAACUGGAGCACCCAGUCUCAGACUGAGAUCAAGUUGCUGGAGAAUCUGACGGAGCAUUACACCAUCAUCACAGUCAGGAUCAAAUCCUGCAAAUCCCAUGGCAUAGACACACGUAUUCGAGGCAUCAAGCUGAACUGUCUAGAGGAGCGUAGCCUGGGAUUUGAUCAGGAAUUUUUCUCUGGGGAGCGUUUGGUCAGAUUUCCACUUCUUCAGUCUUUCUCUCCAACUGUCAACUACAGGCGCUCUGUCGUACUACAGAGGUUUAUCUGGCUACUUGACAGUGUCAUCCAUUAUUUAAUACCAGCCUGGCAAUCUUCUAUUGAAAGCUGCAACCAUUCAGAUAUUAAAAAUUUAGCUAAUUUAGAGAGUAUUAGGCAACUUUUACCAUUGUCAAAGAAAAGAUUAGCUCUCAUUGACACUCUACUCAAAGGAUCAUCCUCUGACCCAUCAGAGAGAAAAAUUGUGUACAUCAACCGGCACGCAGCAUUUGAACACAGAGCCAACCCUUCGUCUGACUUCAGCAACACUGUUUUCAUGCAGCUCUACGAGGGACUCAAACCCAGGGACAGGGUGUCCUCACCUCUCACCUACAGGUGGUCAGCACAAAAUGACCAGUGGUGGGAGUGCAAGUUUUUGUCUGAAGGCAUCAUAGACCAGGGUGGAGGCUUUAGGGACAGCCUGUCAGACAUAGCGGAGGAGAUGUGCCCAUCAGACCCAGACGCCCCCAUGGCCUUGCCAUUUUUUGUUAGAACUCCCAACCAGACCAAUGAUGAUGGUAAUGUCAACAGAGACUGCUACAUCCCAAACCCAUCCUGCCUUUGUUUAGACAAGUUUGAGUGGAUUGGUCAGCUUAUGGGUGCUUGUUUCAGGGGCAAGGAAAUAUUGAUUGUGUCCCUGGCCCCCUAUGUGUGGAAGCGUCUUGUUGGUGAGAGCUACAGCUGGACCCAGGACUUUCCCACAGUGGAUGCUGCUGAGGUGCGACUUAUUGACAGUCUGGUCAACAUGGACAGAGAAACUUUUCUGGCUGCGGGGCGGAGCUGGUCCAUGGUGCUGAGUGAUGGCUCCCACGUCAGCAUCCGUGUGGACGAUGACGGCAACCCAAAACCUCUCAGCUAUGACGAGAGGGAGGAGUAUGUGCUCAAAGUCAGGGAAAUCAGGCUGGGAGAGUGUGACAAACAGCUGAAGGCAAUGAGAUCAGGGCUGUUGAAAGUUAUUCCUGAAGCUGUCCUUGAACUUUUGACCUGGCAAGAACUUGAAACCAGAAUAUGUGGUCAGCCUGACAUUACAGUGGAGGCUCUGAUGAAAAGCACUUUUUACCACCACAUAGAUGAAGAUGAUAUCAGAGUCAAAUAUUUCUGGAGCGCUGUCAAAAACUUUUCCAACGAGGACAGAAGUCGCCUGUUGCGCUUUAUCUCAGGACGCAGACGUUUGCCUGUUUCAAUCUUCAUAUCAUCGGGCAAAAAUAGUCCAGUCAAUCCUCUGCCUGAGUCGUCUACAUGCUGCAACACCCUCCACCUCCCGGUCUACACUGAUGAGAAGACAGCAGAAGACAGGCUCCGUUAUGCAGCGUAUAACUGUGUUUCCAUUGACACUGAUGAAUAGUUGGAUGUUUGUCUAGUCUAGAAACAUUUCACUUAAUUCUUGUAGCUUGCUGUUUGAAUGCAUUAGGUUUACUAAUGGCCUGUAGAACAAAGAAAGACAGUAACAACAGAGACUAUCCAAGAAUAGAGUGUCUCUGGUUCAACUCUUCUCAUGGAUCAAAUUAAUAGAAAGCUUUAAAAAAAUAUUUUGAACUGAAUGAAAAUAUUUCUAGCCAUACAAGUAGUAAUCUGGAAGGUUGCUCCAUCAGUGUAUGUAUUUAAAGUUGUGUCAACUUUGACCUUUGAACUUGUACAAGGUUGCUGGCUUCAAACCAAUGUAUGUGCUGUUGUCUGUCUCUUGCUGAAAAUAAAUCCCAUGAUCUGUCAGAUUUGUAUCAGUGUAAAUCAUCAAAUGCAUCAUAUGUGUAAUGCUGUGAUAUAAUAUGUACAUUUCAGAUAUUUCUCUUGUAUUUUGUAAAACACUUGCUUUCAUACGCUGAAGAAAAUAUUGUUACAUUUCUUAGAAAAAG